AUGGUGCUCAUUACUGGUCUCAAAGGUGCCCAUGUGCUUAUCACAGGAGGCACGCGGGGUAUGGGAGAGGCAAUGGUGCAUAAAUUCCUGGAGGAGGAGGCCAAUGUAUCCUACUGCGCCCGGACCGUCACCAAUACUGAGUAUGAUGACUUCUAUCCUACGCUCCCCGAGGGAAAUAGCGCCCGCGCCGUGGGAACGGCAUUCGAUGUUGCUAGCAAAAAUGCCCUCGUCCAGUGGGUCGAGAGCUCCGCCCAGCGACUUGGUCGAAUUGACGUGAUUAUCGCCAAUGCAUCGCCGAUGCAUAUGGAAGGUGAGACAGAGCACUGGGAGAGCAGUUUUGCGAUCGAUGUCAUGGGUUUCGUCGAGCUGGUCAAGGUGGCCACUCCCUACUUGGAAAAGUCUCCCCAGGCAUCCAUCAUCGUGCAGAGCUCCUUCAUGGGGCGUGAAUUCUACCGGUCACCCCCUGCAGCCUAUGGGCCCUGCAAGGCAGCGCAGCUGCAGCAUGUCCAGGAAUUGUCCCACUUUUUAGGACCGAAGAGCAUUCGGGUGAAUGCCAUCUCGCCGGGACCGAUUCUGUGCAAGGGUGGUCCCUGGGAGUUGUAUUCAAAGAUCAACCCGGAAUGGGUGGAGGAACAGCGGCUGAAAAUUCCUCUGAAGCGGUUGGGUGGGCCGAAAGAGGUGGCGGCCGUGGCAGUGUUCCUGGCGAGUCCGCUGGCCAGCUUCGUAUCUGGCACGAAUAUGUUGGUCGACGGCGGAAUUCAUGUUGGCACCCAGUUUUAG